UCAUGCACAGAAACUUCCGAAAGUGGAUUUUCUACGUGUUUCUCUGCUUCGGAGUCAUUUAUGUCAAACUAGGAGCUUUGUCAUCUGUGGUGGCUUUAGGAGCAAACAUAAUCUGCAACAAAAUCCCAGGCUUGGCCCCACGGCAACGAGCAAUCUGCCAGAGCCGUCCUGAUGCCAUCAUAGUGAUUGGAGAAGGGGCCCAGAUGGGAAUCAAUGAAUGCCAGUAUCAGUUUCGAUAUGGCAGGUGGAACUGCUCAGCACUGGGAGAGAAAACAGUCUUCGGUCAAGAGCUUCGAGUAGGAAGCAGGGAAGCCGCUUUCACCUAUGCCAUCACUGCUGCUGGGGUUGCACAUGCCGUCACCGCUGCCUGCAGCCAGGGAAACCUCAGUAACUGUGGCUGUGACAGAGAGAAACAAGGUUAUUACAACCAAGAGGAAGGGUGGAAAUGGGGAGGCUGCUCCGCUGAUAUCAGAUACGGCAUUGAAUUCUCCAGGAGGUUUGUUGAUGCAAGAGAAAUCAGAAAGAGUGCUCGGAGGCUGAUGAACUUACACAACAAUGAGGCUGGAAGAAAGGUGCUUGAGGAGAGAAUGAAACUGGAAUGCAAAUGUCAUGGUGUUUCUGGUUCCUGCACAACCAAGACCUGUUGGACUACCCUCCCAAAAUUCAGAGAGAUUGGAUAUAUUCUGAAAGAAAAAUACAAUGCUGCUGUGCAGGUGGAAGUGGUACGAGCUAGCAGGCUUAGGCAACCCACUUUUCUGAAGAUCAAGCAAAUCAGAAGUUACCAGAAACCAAUGGAAACAGAUUUGGUAUAUAUAGAUAAGUCACCCAACUACUGCGAAGAAGAUGCUUCCACUGGGAGUGUGGGAACCCAGGGACGGCUCUGCAACCGUACCUCACCCAGCGCUGAUGGGUGUGACAUGAUGUGCUGUGGAAGGGGUUACAACACCCACCAGUACACCAAAGUGUGGCAGUGUAACUGCAAGUUCCACUGGUGCUGCUUUGUGAAAUGCAACACGUGUAGUGAGCGGACAGAGGUGUUCACUUGUAAAUAACAGCAGAUGUUGCAACUUCAAGAAGGACACGACCGCUAUAUGUUAAGAGUGGAACAAAAACAACUACAGCAUCAUUUUGCACAUUUAAUUGUUUUUGUGUGUGGAGGGGUGGAUCCAUCUCUUCCUUAUUACUUAAUAACACACACUGCAAAGAACGAUGUAUACAUUCCUGACUAGCUGCUUUGACUACAUUGGAUACAGGAACAAUGGGAUGGAGUAGGGUGACUUUGUUCCACCAAAGCAACUUUCUCUUUGUUUUUUUUGUUUUCCAGCUGCAGUCUGGGUGUUGUAGAGUUUUUCUCUUAGAUUAAAUUAUACAGAUCAAAGACACUCCAGAAAGGUUAUUUUCAAAUUUAUAACGCACACAACAAGUGUGCAAAUAAGACUUUUUUCCCUAUUAAAACGAGUAAUUAAGCUGUUCACAAAGAAACUCAUAUCACAGCAGUGUUGCUGGAAAAAAAACUUUUAUUUCUGAUAAAGAAAAGGAACAAAAAACAGGUAAAAAGGGCAGCUGUGAAACAAAAGUUGUAAUAUUAGAGAAGGGCAUAAUCUCAGUGAUGGAUUCAUUUGUAAAACAAAGGCUAGAAAAUGUUGAUUGCUGCCAGUGACACUGGAAUUUUUUGGAUGGACAUUUGAAAGAAAAAAUAUUAUUUUAUUUAUGUUUUUAAUAGUAUCAAAACAAAUUCUCUAAGCACUAACGGGUAGAUAUGUCUUUAUUCUGUACUAAAUGUAAACUUACUGGAACUUUGCCUUUCUGAUUUUUAUUUUCUGUUUGGCUCUCCCCUGUUUUCAGAACCACUGAUUUCCUGGGUCCACCAUUAAAAAGGAUUAUAGUACAAUACAUCUCAAGCAUAGCUUAAGGUAGAACAAGAAUAACAGGACUAUGGAAAAUUGUGGUUACAAAUGGUGGUGACAUAAUAUUAUCCCUUUGGCAAGGUCUAGAUAAUCCCCUUGGGAGAGCAACAGUUUCCUGUGUGUAUAGGCAAAGGCAGAUGAGCAUGUACAUGUUCAAAAUUUGUUUUUUUUUUUUCAUUCCCUGACUGCAAUUUAUACAUUAUAUCCAUGUCCUGUGGUUUAUUCCAUUGCAUGACUAUUACAUGUAAAGGCCCUUCAUUGGUCAGGAACAACUGUAUGGAACUACACAAAAUUAACGCACACCCAAAACCCUGGCUGGGUGAUGAUAUUAUGUUUUAAUAAACACUAAAUCUGAUCAAGAUUCAAGGAUUUCAUAUUAAGGACCUACCCUCUUAGCCCAACCAAUAUGGUGGUAAGUUUAAAUCCUACAGCCAUAUUGGGGAGGAUGUAUGGAAAAAGGUCCUGAGGUCUAGCUAUAAUGCUUAAAUGAUAUCUGCCUCAUGUUGGAUGUUUCCGGGAUUGCACCAUGCUUAACUGGGCUAGUGAAGGAAGACAACCACAAUCCUGUACAGUACUUUCAUACUUACCAAGUAAUUUGUGACAUAGGCACUCCACACAGACAUCAAUGUGCAUUGAGGGCCACUUUUCUGAGGGGCAUUCAUGAGACUGUGUCAGCCUUUACAGACACUAGCAUCCCUGUGGAAUUCUAUUGCACAUUAUAUUCUGAGGAUGUUAUUUGUAUCCUCACACUACCCCAAGAUCCAACAUGGAUCAUCAGGCAAGGUAAGCAUUUAAACAACAGGUGACUCUUUGGACUGUCUCUGCUGAAUGGAAUUGUAUUUGAAGUUCUGACAUCUAAGGUCUUCCUGUGCUGUUCAAUGAGCAGUUGGUACUUGCAUUAGACUCAUCCUAUGGUAACAUUCCCAUUACCACUGACUUUAAUGAAGCUCACAGUAUUAUGAUUCUCACAGUUCCCUCCAGUAAUCAAAGUGGAUGUGGGAUGGAUGGAAGGAACCCCACUGAAGAAUGGCCCUGACUAGUUAUAUUAAAUGUGUUGACAGGGCUGUGGUUGGGGAAGAAUGCCAGCCCUUACGAUGAGCAUAAGGUCUAAACCUUCAUGCUUUCUCACAUCCAGUUUGCCACUUGAUGCUGGGACCAUCAUUUAAGAAAAGCCAACACUUUUUUCAUAUGCCAGCUCAAGCAACUUUGCUUUUAAUGGAGGCCAUUGAGAUGGUCCGCUGCAAUCUAUCAGUUGUACAAACCAGUACCAUUCACACAUGUAUGAACUGGUCACAUUAAGUCAACUUAAAUGGUCUCAACAGGUUGGUUUUUCAGUAGUGGCUUUACAUCAGCAACCACUGUUUUGUUUUUAAACUGUUUUAUAAUAUACCAGUUUCAGAGAGAUCUUAUAUCAGCUCUUUGUAAGAGAUUAAUGUGCUCACACUGUGCCAAGAAGAUAAUAAAAAUAGCAGUGCUGAAAGUCCAAAUUGUAGCAGCCAGAGAUUUAUUCAUGCAGUGAAACAAGUUAAUACAUGGCUGAUGAGCUGGGGUUAUUUUUAAUGGGGGUUGCAUGUGGCCCUCAGGGGAAUUUUUGGCAGCCUUCACAACUGCCUGAAGGACCCCCUUCCCCCCUUUUUGAAGGUGUUCAUUAAAAACAGACCCAGAAAUGUCCAAAAGCAUCCAUUUUUAACCAAAUACUGUAUAUCAAAUAUGUAUCCAGGAGUGGAGAUUUUUGCAUUGGGGAACAUGGGUGUCCCCUAAAGCUUCUCCACCACCACCUCUCCAAAAUAACCCCAGAAGAAUAUGCCCAGCCACUUCCUGUUUUUUUUUUCGAGGCAGUCAGCCCGUACUGGACAUUUCUGGAUUUGUUGUGGCCCAUGUCAUGGCGUGGUAACAAAAAUUUGGCCUCCAAGCCUGCUGAAGUUGACCACAUUUGGUUUUAAUGAACACCAUUAGUCUGAGUAAGGCUGACACAAUUACGUUAUCCUUCCUCUUCCCGAAGGGCCUCUUCGUAUAUUAUACUUCUAGGUACAACAUGAAUGAAACAAAUAUGUGGAAAAAUCUGCAUCUAGGAGUCAAAUUAGGCAAGACUUUCAGUUUUUGCAUUUAGAAACUGCAAACAUGUUUCCCUUCCAUUGACAGGGUGCCCUUAGAGCUGCAUGCCUGAGCAAUCAGACUUGCAAAUUAAAUUUGAUGACCCACCCACAUCAUAAAGCAAGAUAAUUUGAAAGACACGGUGGUGGGAAUAGCUCAGAACAUGUCUGCAAGCACUUAAUAUAAGCUCUGUUUCUUAAUAUAAGCUGAAUAUCUCAUCUAGCUUGGUUCCUAGUAGUUCAAGUGGAUCAAGGAGCGAGGUUGAGUUGCAGCUCUCUCUUAAGGACACACUUGGUGGUAGGUCCAGAAUUGCUGCUCAUCAACACUUCCUUUCUUUCCAGGAUCAUUUUAAAAAAUAGGAUAGGUUUGGCUCACUCAUGCCUGUCCAUCCACUGAUGAGUGCAUGUGUGAAUCAAAUUGUAACAUCAACACCUAGAACUUAAGUUUCACCCUAUGUCAUCAAAAGUGCAUAUUUUUCGAUUGGCAUAAAUUCACAUUCUGCUACUGGUUAUCAAGAGCUCGGGCCUCAAAUGAUAUAAAUGGAUUUGCAGUAUAAUAUAAAGUAUAACAUAAACUACACUGCUGAAUUUGGGAUUGUAAUAACAAAAUGGGCAGGGCCCACCUAUCAAAAUACUCACUAUCUUGUUCCGAAUCAAUGAAUGACCAAUCCUCUGUUCUCGUGGAAACUCAAUGGGCAAUCCAGCUUUCAUGGCCCCUCCCAUGUGUACUCUUUGCCACGUGAAAGUAUUCCUUGUGGGCAUAACUGUAAAAGGCCAAGCACUGGUGCUUGAAACACUAAUCAUGAUGGCACUUGCAUUGUUAAACUUCCACUUCAGCCAGUGACAGUGUCUGGAUAUAAAGAAACAGGGAUUAUAAAUUGCUAUUCCCUUGGAGGGAAAAAAGCUCAGCAAAGAGGUCUGUGUGCAUGCAAAAAGGUAUAGAUUUAGAUGGAGCUACAAUACAUUAAAGUUCCAUUUAACACAGGGUUGGAGGAAGUGCAAUUUUCCAGAUGUUACUUGGCUGCAACUCCUAGAAUUCCUCACCAUUGGCUUGGACUGAUGGCACUUGCAGUCCAUUGACAUGCAGAGGACUGCACUCAGCCUAUGCCUGAUCUUAACAGGUCACUCAAGUACAGAUGACUAUGGUGUCUGGGAGGCCAGUAAGGCUGUAUAUCCAGAUGUGUACCCUGAAGGAUAUUUCUGUUCUUAAGCAUCCCCUGCUGGUGCAACAGAUUUUCAAAGCAAAUUGAUUCAACCUCCUGGGAUCAGAUCGCACAAAUGCUUAUUUCUUCCUCUGGCAAUGUUAUCUCUUCAGGCACUCUGAUAAAGUGGUGCCUCACAAGACGAAUCUAAUUCAUUCCACGGUUAAUGUUGUC